ACAGCUACUCAGGAGAAACGAAAUGAUCUGCCCUGGAGCCGCAGCAAAAUGCUGGAUGGACACCUACUCCUGGGAUGGUUAUCGUUCACAGUUAUAGUGUAUCUUCUCAACUUGCCUGGACCCACCAUAGCAUAUUUCGGGUUGACAGGUAAUGAACCGUUGUCUGUCCUGCCACUGAACUCUUUACCAGAGGAGAGCAUAGGCAGGGCCCACUUCAAGCUGUGUGACCGGCUCAAACUAGAAAAGAAGCAGCGCAGGAUGUGCAGACGAGACCCGGGCGUGGCGGAGACUCUAAGAGAGGCCAUCACCAUGAGCGCCCUAGAAUGCCAGUACCAAUUCCGCUUUGAGAGGUGGAACUGCACCUUAGAGGGGCGCCACCGAGCCAACAUAUUAAAAAGAGGAUUUAAAGAGACGGCCUUCUUGUACGCCAUCUCCUCAGCGGGUCUAACUCAUGCCAUGGCCAAAGCUUGCAGCGCAGGACGCAUGGAGCGCUGUACAUGCGACGAGGCCCCCGACCUGGAGAACCGUAAGGCGUGGCAGUGGGGAGGCUGCGGAGACAACCUCAAAUACGCAAACAAGUUUGUCAAGGACUUCCUGGGCAAACGCUCGAACAAGGAUCUACGUGCACGUGUGGACAUGCACAAUACGAAUGUGGGCAUGAAGGUAAUCAAGGCUGGAGUGGAGACCACUUGCAAAUGCCACGGCGUAUCUGGCUCCUGCACCGUCCAGACCUGUUGGAGGCAGCUCCAGCCCUUCCAUGAGAUCGGCAAGCAGCUGAAGCAGCGUUACGAGACCUCCGUCAAGGUCGGCAGCUCCACCAACGAGGCCACCGGGGAGGGAGAGAUCUCCACGGGCCGCAACCAGCAGCAGCAGCAGCAACAACAACAGCCCCUGCCCGGCCUGAACGAUCAAAUCCCCCGCACUAUGGACUUGCUCCACAUCGAGGACUCACCCAGUUUCUGUAGACCCACCAAAUAUUCACCGGGCACCGCAGCCCGCAAAUGCUACAAGGACAAAAACUGUGAUGCUAUCUGUUGCGGGCGAGGCCACAACACUCAAAGCAGGGAGGUGACCAGGCCUUGCCAAUGCCAGGUGCGCUGGUGCUGCUACGUUGAAUGCAAGCAGUGCACACAGAGAGAGGAGGUCUACACCUGCAAGGGGUAAACGGGGCACCGUUCAGCCCUUUCAGUCUGAGGAAGGUGGUUGUGUUGAAGAGGAGCAUUUUUUUUUCUCAUGCAGAGUUUUGCUUUCGGUGUCGGAGCAGCGUUCUGCAAG